UUACAUCACUUCUCCACUUCUCAAAACCGAAUCGUAAAAAUCCAAAACUCUCCAGCUUCAGAGCAAAUGGCACCCAUUGAUCCACACUCCUUCACCGACUCCUCCCACCCUCUCACCACGCACGUCUCCCUCUCCCUCUACCUCGACUUCAACACCUCCACCAUCCACGCCUCCGCUCUCCUCACCCUCUCCUCCUCCUUCUCCGGCAACCUCUCCCUCGAUUCCCGCUCCAUUUCAAUCAAAUCCAUCCUCCAUCCCCAAACUCUCGCCCCUCUCCCUUACUCCGUCUCCUCAAGCCCCGAUCCGAUCAAAGGCAGCGAAGUCGUCGUCGUCCUCGCCGGCCAAUCUCGAGUCCUCAUCCUCUACUCCACUUCCCCUUCCGCCUCCGCUCUCCAGUGGCUUUCCCCGCUCCAAACCUUCUCGAAAACUCAUCCGUACGUCUACACACAGUGCCAAGCGAUCCACGCCAGAUCCAUCUUCCCUUGCCAGGACACCCCCGCCGCGAGGAUCCGUUACGACGUCGUUAUGAACAUCCCGAGUCCUCUCUCCGCCGUCAUGUCCGCUCGCCACGUCCGUCGCAGGCUUCCCGUUCUCGAAGAGGCGAAACAUCUCGAUGUAUUAUCGUCGGUGGUGUGGUGUGCGGAGGAUAGGGUUGUUGAGGAGUUCGCGAUGGAGCAGCCGAUCCCGCCGUAUCUUUUCGCGUUUGCGGUUGGGGAGUUAGGGUUUAGGGAAGUGGGGCCCAGGACUCGGGUGUAUGCUGAGUCAGCUGCUGGAGAAGUUCUUGAUUCGGCUGCGUUGGAGUUUGCAGGGACGGAGGAGAUGAUCAGGCAAGGGGAGAAGCUCUUUGGCGAUUACGAGUGGGAGAGAUUUGAUUUGCUGGUGCUGCCUCCGAGUUUUCCUUACGGAGGGAUGGAGAAUCCGAGGAUGGUGUUCUUGACGCCCACUGUGAUCAAAGGGGACGCCACUGGUGCUCAAGUUGUAGCUCACGAGCUCGCUCAUAGCUGGACUGGGAACUUGAUCACCAACAUCAACAACGAGCAUUUCUGGUUGAACGAGGGAUUUACAACUUACGCAGAGAGGAGGAUUGUGGAGGUUGUUCAAGGAGCAGAUAUAGCUACUUUGAACAUGGGCAUUGGUUGGAGGGGUUUAAACGAUGAGAUGGAACGGUUCAAAGAUAACUUGGAGUUUACUAAACUGAAGAACAAACAAGAAGGUGUUGAUCCUGAUGAUGUUUACUCUCAGGUUCCCUAUGAAAAAGGCUUCCAAUUUGUGUUGAGAAUUGAACGCCAGGUUGGGAGGACUGCUUUUGAUGAAUUCCUCAAGAAAUACAUUGCUACUUUCAAGUUCAAGUCGAUUGAUACAGAUACAUUCCUUGACUUCCUGAAAGCAAACAUUCCUGGCAUAGAGAAAGAGAUCAACCUGCAAUUGUGGACUGAGGGUGUUGGUAUACCGGAAGAUGCAUAUGAACCAGUCUCAGCCAUUUACACAAAGAUCAUAUCCCUUGCAGAAGUGUUUAAGCAAGGAAAGAUGCCAAGUGAAGAUGAGGUUGCUGAGUGGAAAGGACAGGAAUGGGAGCUCUACUUGGAGAAUCUUCCCAAGUCAUGUGAACCUUCUCAGGUCGUGGCUUUGGACAAGCGUUACAGACUAGCAGAAUCAAAGGACUACGAAGUGAAGGUGUCAUUUCUAAAACUUGCAAUCUCAUCCAAGUGCAAAGGGUACCACGGAGAAGUGGAGAAAACUUUAAAAUCGGUGGGAAGGAUGCUGUACCUGCGUACACUCUUCACUGCUCUCGCACAAACCGGUGGAACCGAAGAGAAGCAACUGGCCAAACAAAUCUUUGCAGAAGCUCGAGAAACUUAUCACCCUAUAGCUCAGGGAGUGGUUGAGUCUAUCCUCUCUAAGUAUAUCUAAACAAGACCCAUCUUUAUGCAUAGCAGCAACAUUUCAAUAAAAGACAAUGACUGUAAUAAUAAUAAUUGCUGCUCGAGUCAUUAACAAACAAAAAAUUGAAUAGCUUUGCUUAGUACA